AAUGCUACGAAAAGACAGUUCUUACAGAGAAAUAUCCUUAACAGACUCAAUAGAGCAGAAAUCAUUUUUAAACUUAGCCAGAAAACCAUCUAAUGCUGAUUUGAAAGGAAAAACACCCUUAGGUGCCAAAAGCAAAGAUAAUAAGGAGAAUUCCUCUGCAAGAAUUCAUUCUGAUACACCUCCAUAAGACUUUUUUUUUAAAAGAGAAGUCAUAAAAUCAGAGAAAUAAUUACCCAAUGAGAAAAUAGCUAUCUAUAAUGAUGCAUCAAGAUUUUAAUCAUCAAAAACAUAUAUGGAAUGUAGGAUGGAAUAAUUAGAAUAGCGUAAGAAAACCUAAAGUCCAUAGUUGUUAUCCAUGACUCCUGUUUAGAAUAAAUAAAUCAUUCAAGAAAGUUACAAUCAUCUUCAAUAACCAUAAUAAUAAUCAGUUUAAAGUUCAAUCAACUUAACUAGAAAGGCCUCUGUUGUUCCUUCACGAUGUUUAUCUACCUUGUCUUCCCCAACUCCAAAAGAAGGAGAUUUUAAUAUCUAUAAAUAACAGAGCAGUAUACCAGCAUCAUAUUUAGAUGCAGUUGUUACUCAAAGAAAUAAUAAAAAUUGUAAUGCCUCAGAACAAUAGUAAUAAUAGUAAUACUAAUAAUAAUAAUAAUAACAAUAAUACUAAUAAUAAUAAUAAUAAUAAUAAUAAUAAUAAUAAUAAUAAUAAUAAUAAUAAUAAUAAUAAUAAUAAUAAUAAUAAUAAUAAUAAUAAUAAUAAUAAUAAUAAUAAUAAUAAUAAUAAUAAUAAUAAUAAUAAUAAUAAUAAUAAUAAUAAUAAUAAUAAUAAUAAUAAUAAUAAUAAUAAUAAUAAUAAUAAUAAUAAUAAUAAUAAUAAUAAUAAUAAUAAUAAUAAUAAUAAUAAUAAUAAUAAUAAUAAUAAUAAUAAUAAUAAUAAUAAUAAUAAUAAUAAUAAUAAUAAUAAUAAUAAUAAUAAUAAUAAUAAUAAUAAUAAUAAUAAUAAUAAUAAUAAUAAUAAUAAUAAUAAUAAUAAUAAUAAUAAUAAUAAUAAUAAUAAUAAUAAUAAUAAUAAUAAUAAUAAUAAUAAUAAUAAUAAUAAUAAUAAUAAUAAUAAUAAUAAUAAUAAUAAUAAUAAUAAUAAUAAUAAUAAUAAUAAUAAUAAUAAUAAUAAUAAUAAUAAUAAUAAUAAUAAUAAUAAUAAUAAUAAUAAUAAUAAUAAUAAUAAUAAUAAUAAUAAUAAUAAUAAUAAUAAUAAUAAUAAUAAUAAUAAUAAUAAUAAUAAUAAUAACAAUAAUAAUAACAAUAAUAAUAACAAGAAUAUAAAAAUCCAUCUCUCAAAUUAUAUUACAUUACUUCAUUGAUUAAAGCCUUUAAAAUGAAAGGCCCAAAUUCAGCAAAAGAACAUCUCAUUCACAAUAUGCAGGUAAAAUUAAAUCAAAAUAAUUUAAGGGAAUCAUAAUUGCUAAGAAACUUAAAGUACCCCCAGUUAAAAAGGCUAUAACUUUGCCAGCAACUGACAAAAAAACUCUUUUGUUUGAUCUUGACGAGACUUUAGUUCAUUGUAACUCAAAUAGUUUUAUACCUGGAGAUGUUUUACUCAAUAUCAAUCAUGAAGGAGAGAAAAUGGAAGUAAAUAAUACUACUAUAUAAAUUAGGCUUCAUUAAAUAUUAGACCUUAUACAUCUCAUUUAUUAUAAUCAUUAAGUAGAAAUUUCGAAUUGAUUGUGUUUACUGCUUCUCAAUCACAUUAUGCUAAUGCAGUGAUUGAUUAUUUGGAUCCAUAGAAAAAAUGGAUAAGUCAUAGAUUUUAUAGAGAACAUUGUAUACCUACAGAUGAUGGACAUUUUAUUAAAGAUCUUCGUAUUUUUACAACAAGAAAACUAAGUGAUAUGUUGUUAAUUGAUAAUGCACCUCAUUCAUAUCUAUAUUAGAUAUAAAAUGGUGUACCAAUAAUUCCUUAUAUAGAUAAUAAAUCAGAUGAAGUAAUUAAUGUGUAAUAUUUUAGGAAUUGAAAUCUUUAUUGU